CAGCGCCGCCGCCGCCACCAGCAGCCGCCACCAGCCCCGCCGCUGCGGUCGGUUUCCACGAGCUUGCGGAGCCGCGGAAGUGUUUGGCCCGGAGACGCGAUCACGGCAUGGUCACACCGAAGGGAGAGGCUCUCCGCUUCCCAAAGCCAUUAGCAAUCCCUGCAUGAUCUUCAUUCACUGCGCCAAGGAGCAACCUUCAACUGCAAGGAAUGGUGGGACAUCCAUGGUCGUCGGGCUGAGCGCGGGGCGGGGAGAGGAUCCUCGAGAAAUCCAAACACACACACGCACACACGCGCACCCGAGCGCGCACACACGGGCAGGCAUAGGCAGGCGCCGUGGCCAGUCGGGCGAACCUAGGAGGCAG